GCUUCAAUUUUGUUUCAACCCGAGGACUCACCAAGAUAUUCCUCAACGUAAUCCAAUAUUCCUAUCUAAUAGCUACCAAGCUAUUAUUCUGUCAUAAGAAAAAGAAACACACAAAAGAGAAACAAGUUGUUAGCCACAGCAAAAGUCGAUGCUUACUAGUCUUAGUUAGGCCUCAGCGUCAGUUCAUGAAAACUUUUGCUUUUAUAGGUAAGAUUUUUCUUAAAGGAGGGGUGGCUGAAUUGUCCACUCUUGUUGUUUUAUCUGAAACCUUACAAAUCAGGUUUCUUUCUCAACUUUGACCUUGAUUUUGUGCUAUUGGAAUUUUGCUCAGGGAGGAUUCUUGUUGUAUUGUUGCUGAUAGCCUAGAGGUGGAAGUUUUAGUCUUUGGUUGGAACUAGUUGUUGGCUUUGUUUAGUCACAACAAUGGCACUGGCUUCUGUUCCAAAAGUGGUGUUUGGUUUAAUUGCAUUUGCAAUCUUUUGGGUGCUAGCAGUUUUCCCAGCUAUUCCAUUUCUACCUAUUGGGAGAACUGCAGGGUCCCUUCUUGGUGCCAUGCUUAUGGUCAUAUUCCAAGUUAUUACUCCAGAUGAAGCUUAUGACACAAUUGAUCUUCCAAUUCUUGGUCUUCUUUUUGGGACAAUGGUUGUGAGUACUUAUCUUGAAAGAGCAGACAUGUUUAAGUAUAUAGGGAAGUUGCUGGCUUGGAAAAGUAGAGGUGCAAAGGACUUGCUUUGUAGGAUUUGUGUUAUCUCUGCUAUCUCAAGUGCUCUUUUCACAAAUGACACAUCUUGUGUUGUUUUAACUGAAUUCAUAUUGAAGAUUGCAAGGCAGCAUAACCUCCCUCCAACACCCUUCCUACUUGCCCUUGCUUCAAGUGCUAAUAUUGGAUCCUCAGCAACUCCAAUUGGCAACCCUCAAAACCUGGUUAUAGCUGUUCAGAGUAAGAUAUCAUUUGGGAAUUUUCUGAUUGGUAUUCUUCCUGCUAUGGUGGCAGGAGUUGUAGCAAAUGCUAUAAUUCUCCUAAUAAUGUUUUGGAAGUUGUUAUCUGUUCAUAAGGAUGAAGAAGAUGCAGGUGCAGAAGAUGUGGUAGAGGAGUAUGAUUCCCAUCGGUUUUCUCCGGCCACAAUGUCUCAUUAUUCAUCCUUGAAUUCUCAAGAAUGGAGUUCCCAUCUUGAUGCUAUUACUGUUCAGAACUCUCCUCAGGUUCAGAUUCUAAGAAACCGGUCAAUUGCAAAUGCAAGUGAAAGUAAUGGGAUUUCUAGCAACACUUUUGAUACUGCAAGAAUCUCAAGUGUAUCAAGGGAUGGAACAAAUGGUGUGGCAUCUAUGGCAAAGGAGGAAACUAGCCCUUCAAAUUCGUCAGCAGGAGUAGAUACACUUAUUCCCCCUUCAGAAAGAAAAACCAAUUUUAUCAUAAAAUGGAAAAGGGUACUGUGGAAAUCUUGUGUUUACAUCAUCACAGUUGGAAUGCUGGUUGCUUUACUUCUAGGUUUAAAUAUGUCAUGGACUGCAAUUACUGCUGCACUUGCUCUCAUAGUUCUUGAUUUCAAAGAUGCUACACCAUGUUUAGAGAAGGUUUCGUAUUCACUUUUGAUAUUCUUUUGUGGAAUGUUUAUUACAGUGGAUGGCCUCAAUAAAACUGGAAUUCCAAGUGCUCUGUGGGACAUAAUGGAGCCCUAUUCUCAUGUUGAUCGUGCUAGUGGAAUUGCAAUACUUGCAAUUGUCAUACUUGUCCUAUCAAAUUUGGCUUCAAAUGUACCAACAGUUCUCUUGCUUGGAGGAAGGGUAGCAGCCUCAGCUGCUGCAAUUUCCAAAGCAGAUGAGAAGAAGGCAUGGCUGAUAUUGGCUUGGGCCAGCACCAUAUCAGGGAAUCUCUCAUUGUUGGGAUCAGCUGCUAACUUGAUAGUGUGUGAACAGGCGAUCCGUGCGCCAAACCUACCAUACACAUUAACCUUCUGGAGUCACCUGAAAUUUGGCCUUCCUUCCACAAUCAUAGUCACUGCUAUUGGUUUGACAUUCAUAAGAUGAUAUGGCAUUUGGCUGAAAAGGGGUCUUGUUGAAGAUAUUUGAACAACAUGAAAGAAUGAAAAACCAGUGUUCAUGUCAAUAUGUUUCAACUUAUGGAUACACUAUUAAGAAAAUGAAUGUUGAUGUUCUUUGUUAUUGAUAGUUUGUGUAAAAUAAAAUAUCUGCAGCUAGUUGCCAAGUGAUGCUUUGAAAUUCAGUAAAAAGGGAAAGGAAAGGCAAAUUUCUAGUGUUAAA